CCACGACGUUUGUUUCUGUUAGUCUACCCACAACCUCUCAGCACGCCAAUACGCCAUAUACCUCCUGCUUCUGUCUUACCCAACCGGCUUCGGUCGCACACACCCCACGCUUGGGAUCCCUUCGUCGUAUUCGGGCUUCCCUUUUAUAUAAUCGGGGGAAAUGUUGAAAAAGCUAAGCUCACUGACUUCAUCCACGGCGGAACUGAGCACGACAGCCUUAAGAAUAUCGGAGGCCCAUGGGACAACACGUGAUAAUGCAAUGUUAUAUGAAGCACAACCACUGUGUUUAUUUGUUUUUCUGAUUCAGCUGUCCUGCCCCAUUUUCAUUCAGUCGUCUUGUACUUGUUUCACCUUUUGUUUGGUGUUUUGUUAAAGCAUGGCAUACCAAAUUAAUGUUCAAAAAUCAAACCUACUAAACUGCUUUUAUCUCAUUAAAAAAACUUUUGACACAUUUUACAAUUUACUUUAGAAAAUAAUAUUCAAUAUAAAAAUGACUCCCUCUUUUUUGUAACCAUAUAUCUUCUUAAUUAAAUUAGCUAAACUCAAAUCAUACAACACUUGAUGACUGUUUAUUGCUUUUCCAAAAAAAAUGGUUUUAUUUAUAGUAAUUCGGAGUUCAUUUGAUAUUCUAUGAUAUAUUUGGUGUAUAUACUUAUGGAGUCUCGCAUACUUUUGUAUGUUUUCAGUACAUAAAAACGUAUAUGGUUUUCAGUACUCUGUUUUGCUUUAUAAAUUAGCACUCUGCCUUGUGCACAAGGAACUCCUUUAGGUCAUUGUAGGAUGUAUAGACUAUAGAUUGCACUAAUCUUGAAAUCAAUCAGAUAUCCAGGAAUCUUAAUGUCUGAUCAUGCAUGGUGCCUGCCUGAUAGAGGAUCUUCAUCAUGUUUUAUCAAUUUCAGCACCACCCCUUUUAUCUUUCAGUGGUUAAUAAAUCUAAGAAGGGUAAAAUGUUCUUUCUACAUUAUGAUGGUACGUUUUCAGAUUCUUCUGAAUUAGCAAAUCCCAGAAAAUUGAACGGCAAUGACAUGGCAUAUUUGAUAAUGAUACAAUAUAUUAGGCUUUAUUGACUGUUUGUUAAUAUGAGUUUUCAGUUUCUCCGAAUGUUAGAAACUAAUUUAAGCUACUAUGAACUUUAAAACGUUUUAGCCUGGAGAAAUUAUGGGCAGUUUGAGCUCAAUGUGUUUCAUAACUUUCAUUGGGAGGUAAGAUUAUUUUCCACAUCACGUUUACUUUUUUCGGGGUUUAAGUGUUCUCUAUUGGAAGAAAAGCAUUUAAGCUUUAGUGAGGAGCUCAGCUCGAUUUCUGGCCAGUGGGGAAAUUUUCCAACAGGGUAUUCCCAUGAUCAAGUAGGAGUUGCUGGUGCAGGGCUUUGAGAUGAUCUUAAUUUCUUUUUCAUAUUGGCUUCUUCAUUUGCUUAAUUGUCCAAUUUGGUAUUUUCAUUUUCAUUGUUUGGUUCAUUUAUAGAAUACAAAAAUGAUGAUUGUUUAUAGCCAAAACAAUUGUUUGCUACUUCUUUCACUGCUCGAUUUCUGGCCAGUGAGCAUAGUUCGGAUUCUUUAUAGAAUACAUUAGUUUCUAUUUAAAUUUGACCUGUUAUAGCAAGUAAUACCCGAUCAUGGACCAUUGUUGACGGACGGUCCAUAUAGUUAGGAUUAUAUAAAAAUAAUACUAAGUAAAUAAUUGGGAUUAUUAUUACCGGAGCGGCAAUAGUUGGGAUUAUUAUUUUCUAUUUUUCCUUUAUUUUAUUAAUCAACCUAAAUGAAUGUCAGGUGUAUUCUAAAUGGUAUGAUGUUAGAGAUGUUUUAAGAAGAAAAAACAAUUAAUAUGCUAAUUUUAAUAUCCUAAUGUUUAAGGCUUCAUUCCGUGUUGGUUCAUUAAACUAUAGAUUUUUUAAUUCCCCUUGACACAAUUGUUUUUUGUAAGGUGUCUUUGCAAUGUCUUUGUGUCUAAUGCAUAACUUCUAUUUGUUUACUUGUGCAAAAGGCAAAUGCACUAUAUGUUUGAAGUUUCUUUAUAGUGAGGUGAGUAAAGUAUAUAUUCAGGAGAGGAGGGCACAUAUUGCCUUUUAAUGGGAUAUCAUAUUUCAUGAACAUAGAGGCUAUUUGAUGUUUUUUUUGUAAAAAGGAGCCAAUUGAAAAUUAUAUGCAAGUCAAAAUGAAGUCAAUUUUUUUUCGAAUAGCUCGUAGGAAUUAAUUUGAAUUUUUAUGUGCCCAUCAGCUCUAAGUGGCGAGUUGUUAUAUUAGCAUCAUCAUUUGAUGUAGAGAUGGAUGGUAUAAUAUUGAGAUAUAUGUUACAUGUAGUAGAUAUUAAUUUGUGAACCGAUAAGAAAUAUUGUUACAUCAAAUACAUUGGGCACUAUCCCAAUCGCGCAACGCGCGUUAUAAAAACUAGUUUAUUUAUAGAGAGAAAGUCACUCAUUAGACUACCUGCAGUCUUCACUUAAUAAAUUCCAAGAACAAUAGGGGUAAUAGAGAAUUUGGUGGGCUGAAUGUUUCAUACAUUGUACUCCGUAUAGUCUGUUUUUGGAAAAAAGUACUUUCCUUCCUUCUUUAAUUGUGGCAACAUUGUAAUUUUUGCACUAUUCACAAACUUUACUUUGACCAGGAUUUACUACUAAUAUAUACCUAAUCAAAUUAUUACGUAUAAAAUGUUAUUGAAUUCCGAAAAAUGUGAAUUUUCAAAAUAUCAAUUUUUUAUAAUGUUUAUUAAUACAUACUCCCUCCGUUUUGCAAUCAAAUCACACUUUCUUUUUUUGGAUGUUUCAAAAACAAAGUCACACUUCCCUUAUUUCCUUAUUUAGCAAAUAAAUCUACAUCAAAACAAUGCCAAACAAUGUCAAACAAUGUCCAAACAGUGCCAAACAGUGUCUAAACAGUGUUCACUACAGUAAAGUCAAUUUAUUUUCUUAAACCUAGAGAAGUCAAACCGUGACAUUGAUUGUGAAACGGAGGGAGUAAUUAAAUAUAAUUUCAGUCAAAGUUGUGCAUUGACAAACGUGAAAGUCAAACUGUUGCAAGAAUUAAAGAACGUAAAAUAGUAUUAACUUGUCUAUUUUUUAAAGAAAAGUUUAGAAGUGAAAAAACUGAUAUAACUUUCACUUUAGUCUAUUUCUGAAAAAUUCCCUAGAAAAAUAAAGAGUAGAUUCUAGUUUUUGGUUUUUAUACUUUUAAUUUAAGCAAAAUUUUUCACUUAGAAAUAGUUUUUUCAGCUUUUUUAAGUCGGUGAAUUCCAUAAAAAAAAGUCGGUGAAAAUAAUUUUUUUUUUUGCAAACAUACCUUAUUAAAUUACGUUUUAUAUUUUGUUUACCCUCUCGAAAUUGAUCAAUUUCAUAUUGUCCGAUCUGUUUAGAUCUCCUCCCACUCCCAAUUGAAAGGGGUACAACUAAAAGUGUCGAAUAAUCGAAGAUAAGCGUGCUCCAUUAGGCUAUUAGGCUUCCCUUCGAGUCCGGCAGUCAUAUUAUAGCUAUUUGCCGCCCUUCUUCUUUCAUGACAAAUUGACACAGACAUCCGGUGGUCAAGGGUAUGGAUUUGGAUGAACAGAAUUCUUUGUCAACUAUGGAUCCUUCUUCUACACUCACUGAUAAUCAAAGCAUGGUUUCAUCUAUUGAUGCAAUUUCACAUCCACCAAUACAACCACUUGUAGCACCCGGGGUUUUACCUCCUCCAGUUGCUCCACCUCUGGCACCUCUCCCUGUUCGACCGCCGGCACUUAAGCCUCCUUCAACGGUGCAAAACGGAGAUGAACACACUAGCGAUUCAGAUUGUGACCAUGAUGAAUCAGGUGCUGGAAUGGUUGAACCUGCUCAAGAGUACGAGAUAUCUGAAGAAAGCAGACUGGUGAGAGAGAGACAAGAAAAAGCGAUGCAAGAGCUUCUGCUGAAGCGAAGAGCUGCUGCUCUAGCGGUCCCCACAAAUGACAUGGCUGUUCGAGCUCGUCUUCGCCGGCUCGGUGAGCCCAUAACCUUUUUUGGGGAAAGGGAGAUGGAGAGACGGGACCGACUGAGGGCACUUAUGGCGAGACUUGAUUCAGAAGGGCAUCUGGAAAGGCUGAUGAAAGCUCACGAGGAUGAAGAAGCUUUUUCGGCUUCUGCUGGACCCACUGAAGAUGAUGAUGAGAUUCAAUACCCGUUUUAUACUGAAGGAUCAAAAGCGCUUUUAGAUGCUCGGCUGGAGAUCACAAAGUAUUCUAUUGUGAAGUCAGCUUCACGUCUUGAUCGUGCUAGGAGAAAAAGGGAUGAUCCUGAUGAAGAUUUGGAUGCUGAAGUGGAUUCAGCUUUAAACCAAGCAGGAACUCUAGUUCUUGAUUGCAGUGAGAUUGGAGAUGAUCGUCCGCUUUCUGGUUGCUCACUGUCACAUGAUGGCGAGAUGCUUGCCACAUGUUCUCUAAGUGGAGUAGCAAAGCUAUGGAGCAUGCCUCAUGUAAAGAAGGUUUCUACCCUUAAGGGACAUCAUGAGCGAGCUACUGAUGUUGCAUUCUCUCCAACAUGCAAUCAUCUAGCUACUGCCUCUGCUGACCGAACGGCAAGAUUGUGGAAUACAGAAGGGUCUCUUUUGAGGACUUUUGAGGGCCAUUUGGAUCGUCUAGCACGGAUUGCCUUCCAUCCAACUGGAAAAUACUUGGGCACAACUAGCUUUGACAAGACAUGGCGUUUAUGGGAUGUGGAAACCGGUGAAGAGUUGCUUCUUCAGGAAGGACACAGUAGGAGUGUGUAUGGACUAUCUUUUCACCAUGAUGGCUCCUUGGCUGCAUCUUGUGGACUAGACUCACUUGCCCGUGUUUGGGAUCUUAGGACAGGAAGAAGUGUUCUUGCUUUUGAAGGCCAUGUUAAACCUGUUCUUGGUAUCAGUUUUUCUCCAAAUGGGUACCAUUUAGCUACUGGCGGUGAAGACAAUACUUGCCGAAUUUGGGAUCUGAGGAAGAGAAAAUCUCUCUACACUAUACCUGCCCACUCAAAUCUCAUAUCCCAAGUUAAAUUUGAACCUCAAGAAGGAUACUUUUUGGUGACGGCUUCAUAUGAUAUGACUGCGAAGGUGUGGUCAUCAAGAGACUUUAAGCCUGUUAAGACGCUAACUGGACACGAAGCCAAAGUUACUUCAUUGGAUGUUAUGGCAGAUGGACAAUUCAUUGCUACGGUUUCACACGAUAGGACAAUCAAGCUAUGGUCUAGCAAAAGCAAUGAAAAAGAGAAGGCGAUGGAUAUUGACUACUAAUUUAGUAAAUUUUGCAGAGAUGUAUUGGAAGUCAUUGAAUUUGUCAAUGACUGUUGAGAAAAAGAAUUUUUAAAUGUAUCGCACCCACUUUAACCCUUCAUGAGCUAUAACGCCCCGAUUUGGGUCCUGCUUGGUCGUCACCCUAAGAUAAGGACGGUGAGGAAAGUGGUGGUGGUGGCCGGUGGGGAGCAGGAUGCGGGGUUCGAAUUCAAUAAUUAGCAUUUGUUGUACAAUUGAUCUUCUUGUGGAUUAUGGCUUGGUAAUUGAAGAAUGCAGCAGUGACCACACAACAUCAUCUAAGGCUUAAAAGAAUGCGCAGAGAUUGGAAAUGCUUGGAUUUGAUUAAUUAGGAGUUUAAACGUGUGCUCCGCAAUGCUACUCCGACAUUAUUUUUGUUAUUAGUAUUGAGUUUUUGGCACGCUAAAUUGAAAGUGGGCAAACUAAUAUCUUGAGGUUCAAAAUUUAGGAUGUGUUCUGUGUCGACGAAGUUUUGCAAUGAAUGGAAUAGAAUCAUGUUUGUACUAGGCAUGGACCGUGCCCGGACCGGUCCAAACCAGAACAAUUUUUUUGGGUUAAGGCCCGGUACUGGCCCGGGAUUCUAUCGGAACCGGUCCAGGCCGGGUCAAUUUUUUGCUUUUCUAA